AUGCGCCGUGCUGUGCUGCAAGAUCGAGUCAAGGCCACCAGUCCACCAACACCACCCCUUAUCUAUGGAACAAUGCUACACGAAAUCUUCCAAGAGGCCCUUCUUGCUAAUAAGUGGGAUCUCCCUUUUUUAUGCGCCGUCAUCGACCGAAUAACAGAAAAGCAUGUCGAGGACCUGUAUACUAUCAAAGUUGGCAUACCUUCGGCUCGAGAGCAUCUACAAUCCAAAAUGACCGAACUGAGUUACUGGGCUGGCGCUUUCGUAUCUUCCCGCCCAAAGCAGGAUGCGGUAGUUGAAGACCGAAACGGGAAAAAGGCAAAUAUGGCCGUUACCAAGCUCUUGGAUGUUGAGGAACACGUAUGGUCUCCAAUGUACGGACUCAAGGGCAAUAUCGACGCAACCGUUGAAGUUGCAAUGCAGGAUGGAAAUGAUAUUCGGACUUUGACUGUGCCUUUUGAGGUCAAGACGGGUAAACAUGCAAACAGUAAUCAUAUGGCUCAAACGGCACUCUAUACUUUGCUCUUAUCGGACCGCUACGAUAUUGAGAUUGCGUAUGGAAUCCUCUACUAUAUGGAAACAUCCAAGACGAUGCGUAUUCCCGCAAUCCGACACGAGCUCCGACACAUGAUCAUGCAAAGAAAUCAACUAGCAUGCUAUGUUCGAGAAAGAAGUGUCCAGUUGCCACCAAUGCUCAAGAGCAAGCACAUGUGUGGGAAAUGCUACGCCAAGACAUCGUGUUUUAUCUACCAUCGACUCGCUGACGACGGAGAUGGAGAGUCGAGUGGCAUGAAUGAGAAAUUUGAUGAGAUCGUCAAGCACUUGACUCCUCAUCAUCAACAAUUCUUCAUCAAGUGGGAGAAUUUACUGACCAAAGAAGAGAAGGAGAGCCAAAAAACCAAAAGAGAGUUAUGGACAAUGACUAGUACUGAACGAGAAAAGAAAUCUCGAUGUUUUGCAGAUGUCAUCAUCGAAGAGGGUUCAGCUUCAGUCGACACGGACAACCCUAGGAUCAAUCGAUACCACUACACCUUUGUCAAGCGAGUUCAAGUUUCAGGAUUCUCAUUCCUAGAGUCCGAGUUGUCAGUCGGAGAGCCAAUUGUGGUCUCUGACGAGGAGGGCCACUUCGCCUUGGCUAUAGGCUACGUUACAGCAGUCAAGAGGCAACGAAUCAGUGUUGCAGUUGACAGGCGACUUCAUAAUGCCCGCAUUCGACAACCUGGCUUUGAUGAGAGGGAUAAUCAGAUUUUUGCUAGCAUUAUGGACGUUGCCCACGAGGGGGCGACCCAGGAUGAGGCAACAGGCAAAAUCAAAGAGGCUCCUAUUCGGUAUCGACUCGACCAAGAUGAAUUCAGCAACGGAAUGGCGACUGUUCGCAACAACCUCGUCCAGAUGAUGGCAGAUGAUAUCGUGGGAUCGCGGCAAAUUCGACGACUGAUCGUUGAUCUAGAAGCACCAAUAUUCAAGGCUGCGCCAACUCAGUACAUCGUGUCGGAUCGAGAUAGCCUAAAUGUUGAUCAACAUCGCGCCAUCGAAAAAGUCAUGAGUGCUCAAGACUACGCACUUGUUCUUGGAAUGCCCGGUACUGGAAAAACAACAACUAUUGCUCAUAUCAUCCGUGCUUUGACAUCUCAGGGGAAGAGUGUGCUUUUGACCUCGCAUACACAUACUGCUGUGGACAACAUUCUGCUAAAACUCAAGGCUGACAAAAUACCUAUCCUUCGUCUGGGUGCCCCGGCCAAAGUGCACCCCGACGUCCAGGACUUCGCUAUUCUUGCAGGCCAUCCAAUGAAAUCAUUCGAUGAGAUCAAGAAUGCAUGGCACGGGACACCAAUCGUUGCAACGACAUGUCUUGGUAUCAACCAUUCUGUCUUCCAUGAACGUUCCUUUGAUUACUGUAUCGUGGACGAGGCAUCACAAAUUACACUGCCCAUCUGCGCUGGUCCGAUCAGAAUGGCUCGCACUUUUGUCCUUGUUGGCGACCAUAAUCAGCUCCCUCCCGUGGUAAAGAACGAAGAAGCACGCGACGGCGGUCUCGAUGUCAGCCUGUUCAAACUCUUGUCCGACACCCAUCCCGAAUCGGUCGUCAACCUAGAGCAUCAGUAUCGUAUGUGCGAGGAUAUCAUGACUCUGAGCAACACUCUCAUCUAUAAUGGAAGACUUCGGUGCGGUACAGAGCAGCUUCGAAGGUGGAAACUUGAAGUUCCACGAAUGGAGGCUCUCAUGCAGCGACACUACGAUGCAUCAACCAUCAAUGCAGCAACUCCCCGAUCGUUCUGCGCUGCCCCUGGUCCGAAUCGAUGCUGGCUAUAUGACCUUCUCGAUAGCGAGGCGCGCGUACGUUUCAUUAACACUGACACAAUCCAACCUCCCGUCCGUGAAGAAGCCCAGGGCAAACGAAUCGUCAACUCAGCUGAAGUCCGCAUCGUUUCUCAGCUCGUUGACAGCCUUUUGACAGUUGGAGUUCCAGACUCUGAAAUUGGUGUGAUGACACACUACCGAGCACAGCUUUUUAUGCUCAAAGACAAGCUCAAGGUGUUCUCUGGAGUAGAGAUGCACACAACAGAUCGUUUCCAGGGACGAGAUAAGGAGGUGAUUGUCCUCAGUCUCGUGCGAAGCAAUGAAGCGUGCAAUAUUGGAGACCUGUUGAAGGAUUGGAGACGAAUAAAUGUUGCUUUCACACGAGCCAAAACGAAGCUCCUCGUUGUUGGGAGCAAAUCGACACUCAAGGGUAGCGGCAGCGACAGUAUGCUAAGUCGAUUCAUAUCUUUGAUGGAGGACCGGAAUUGGAUUUACGAGAUGCCCGCCAAUGCGCUUGAGAACCAUUAUUUUGAGGACUUUGGUACACAGAUCACAGCUACAGGCCCUACGCAAAGGAUUAAAUCACCACGGAAGAAAGCUUCUGGAAAGGAGAACCGUAGGCGUUCACCGAAAACGGCCAGGAUUAGCGACAAGGCGUUAUUGAAAGGGAAGCUUAUCACGAGGGACAUCUUGAACGAAAUGACCAACGGCGCAUAUGUUUGA